AUGGCGAGCUUUAACGUGUAUAAGAAGGUGAUAGAGUACGGAGAUCAUGUUGUGAUGUACACGACUCCAGAAAACAUGCAGCUCAUCAAAAUUACAGAAGGAAGUGUAUAUAGAAACAAAUACGGCGACUUCAAACACUCGGAUGUAGCUGGAAAGAGAUACGGUGACAAAAUCAGCUCUGUAAAUAAACGAGGAUUCAUGACCCUCCUAUUCCCAACUCCUGAAAUGUGGACUCUCUCCCUCCCUCACAGAACUCAAAUCCUCUACUUUGCAGACGUCGCCUUUAUAUCUGCCUACCUGGAACUCAAACCAGGUGUCAAGAUGAUUGAGUCUGGGACGGGAUCGGGGUCGUUCUCGCAUUCUAUUGCUAGGACUAUUGCGCCUACGGGCAAGCUGUAUACAUUCGAGUACCAUGAGGAGAGGGCUGAACGUGCGCUGAGGGAGUUUGAAGAGCAUGGGUUGGCGAAUGGUGUGAAAGUCGAGUGCAGAGAUGUUUGCAAGAAUGGGUUUGGGAUGGAGGAUGCCGUUACUGCUGUGUUCCUGGACUUGCCAGCUCCUUGGGAAGCAAUACCAGCUGCUAAAUCUGCAUUCAAAAAGAAUCGAAUUGGUAGAAUAUGCUGCUUCAGUCCAAACAUAGAACAGGUUACGAGGACUGUUGACGAGUUGGAUUCUAAUGGGUUUAGAGAAAUCAAAAUGUUUGAAUGUCUAUUACGCUACCACGAAAUGAGACAAGUCGGCUUUAAAGCAAUCCCAGCUGCUUUACCUGCUCCCAUACCACGAAACAAAAUCAGUCCUUAUGACUUGAUUGAGGGUACAUGGGAUGAAGUCUCUGAGGACGCUGUCUUACAAUUCGAGGCUUCGAACCCACCAAUAGCAGAUGAUGCCAGUAAAAAUCAGCCUACGAAUGAUAUGGAAGUAGAUGAAGUAGAAGAGACGGAUACGAAUAAGGAGGAUGCUGUGAAUGGUGAUGGUGCUCAGAGACCUCAUGCUAAUAGAAGGCAAAAAGCUGUGCUGUUGGGAGAAGUGGCUAUGUCGAGACCUAAACGAGAUAUGAAGAGCCAUACUGCGUAUCUUACGUUUGGGAUAUUGCCACCUAGGGCAUAG